AUGGUGACCCUGAAGCUGGGAACUCGGCCACCGUGGCUGGGUCUGGGAGCCGCCGUCUGGCUCCAGAUCGCCUCCGGAAACGGUUACAACUUUCCCCUUUACUCCCACUCCCUGAAAUCAGUCCUGGGUUUCAACCAGCGCCAGGUCACCAUGCUCGGCGUCGCCAACGACAUCGGCGAGAACAUCGGCAUACUCCCCGGCAUUGUCUGCAACAAAUUUCCCCCUUGGGUUGUUCUCAUUUUCGGCGCGGUGGCUUGUUUUUUAGGCUACGGCGUGCUCUGGCUCGCUGUCAGCCAAACCGUCCAGUCCUUGCCUUACUGGGUGUUAUGGCUUGCGCUUUGCCUUGCCACCAAUAGCAGUGCCUGGAUAGGAACAGCUGUUCUCGUAACCAACAUGAGAAACUUCCCUCUCAGCCGAGGCACUGUUGCUGGUAUUCUCAAAGGUUAUGGGGGACUUAGUGCUGCAGUGUACACCGAAGUAUUCGGGGUCUUGCUUCAGAAUUCUUCUCCAAAGUUCUUAAUGUUCCUUACUGUUGGAAUCCCAUUGGGAAUUUUGGAUACAAAACAACCAUUGCUUGAACCAUCUCCAUCAACUUCAAAUCUUGGUAGUUUUCAUGAGAGUGAUAGUGCAUUAGAUCUUGACAUGCUUCUGGCUGUGGGAGAGGGUGCAGUAAAGAAGAAGAGACGGCCCAGAAGAGGGGAGGAUUUCAAGUUUGGUGAAGCAUUUAUUAAAGCCGAUUUCUGGCUUCUGUUCUUGGUUUAUUUUGCUGGUGUUGGUACUGGGGUUACUGUUCUCAACAACUUGGCUCAAAUAGGGAUAGCUCAAGGCACACAUGAUACAACAAUCCUGUUGUCUCUGUUCAGCUUCUGCAAUUUUGUUGGGCGUCUUGGUGGAGGUGCAGUUUCUGAACAUUUUGUCAGGUCAAAAACCAUUCCUAGAACUAUGUGGAUGACAAUCACACAAGUAGUAAUGGUCAUCACAUACCUUCUAUUUGCUUCUGCUAUUGAUGGUACCCUUUAUGUAGCAACUGCAAUACUGGAAUCUGCUAUGGUGCCCAAUCCUCUACCAUGGCUGACCUUCCUGGUUUUGGCUGGUGUUUGCACUAUAGGAACAGUACUAAGCAUAGUUCUGACGAAGAGGAUUAAACCUGUUUAUGAAAUGCUUUAUGCUGGGGGCUCCUUCAGGCUGCCUCAAAGUUCAGGUCAUUGA